GUGCAAGAUGCGUGCGAUCCUAGCGUCGUUGGCCUUCCUGGCGGCCGCCAUGACUGCGGUAGAAUCGGAUGGCAGAGCGCGCAUCGUAUGCUACUUCAGCAACUGGGCGGUGUACCGGCCCGGCGUCGGCCGCUACGGCAUCGAGGACAUCCCCGUCGACCUGUGCACGCACAUUAUCUACUCCUUCAUCGGCGUCAAGGAGAAAACACACGAGGUUCUCGUUAUUGAUCCUGAGCUUGACGUGGACAAGAGCGGGUUCCGCAAUUUCACAUCGCUGCGCGCGUCCCACCCCAACGUGAAGUUCAUGGUGGCCGUGGGCGGCUGGGCCGAGGGCGGUUCCAAGUACUCGCACAUGGUCGCGCAGACCAGCUCGAGGCUAACCUUUGUAAGGAGUGUGGUUGACUUCCUCAACAAAUACGAGUUCGACGGCCUGGAUUUGGACUGGGAGUACCCCGGCGCGGCGGACCGCGGCGGCUCGUUCUCGGACAAGGACCGCUUCCUGUACCUGGUGCAGGAGCUACGGCGCGCCUUCCUCCGCGCUGGCAAGGGCUGGGAGCUCACCGCCGCCGUGCCGCUCGCCAACUUCAGGCUCAUGGAGGGCUACCACGUCCCCGAUCUGUGCCAGGAGCUGGAUGCGAUCCACGUGAUGUCGUACGACCUCCGCGGCAACUGGGCCGGCUUCGCCGAUGUGCACUCCCCCUUGUACAAGCGUCCGCACGACCAAUGGGCGUAUGAAAAACUCAAUGUGAAUGAUGGGCUGAACCUCUGGGAAGAAAAAGGCUGCCCCUCCAAUAAACUGGUUGUCGGCAUUCCGUUUUACGGACGCUCGUUCACCCUGUCCGCCGGAAACAACAACUACAACCUUGGCACUUACAUCAACAAGGAGGCCGGCGGCGGAGACCCUGCACCCUACACCAAUGCCACUGGAUUCUGGGCCUAUUAUGAGAUUUGCACAGAAGUAGACGCCAAAGAUUCAGGCUGGACUAAAAAGUGGGAUGAAGCAGGCAAAUGCCCCUACGCUUACAAAGGCACCCAAUGGGUGGGAUACGAAGACCCUCGCAGUGUGGAGAUCAAGAUGAACUGGAUCAAAGAGAAAGGUUACCUCGGCGCCAUGACUUGGGCUAUUGACAUGGAUGAUUUCCAGGGGCUUUGUGGUGAUGAAAAUCCUUUGAUAAAGCUUUUGCAUAAACACAUGAGCUCUUACAUUGUGCCGCCUCCUCGUACCGGACAUACUACACCUACUCCGGAAUGGGCCCGCCCUCCAUCAACCGCUGCUAACCCGUCAGAAGGCGCUCCCGUCGUCACAACAACAACAACCCCUAGACCCGCGCCGGCCAAGCCCGCGACCACUGUCCGGCCUAUUUCGAGACCAGUCACUACUGCUGCUCCCACCACUACCACGUCAGCACCUGUUAAGGAACCUGAGGCACCAGCAAGUAUUGCGCCGGGGAAACCAGAUAUUGAAGAACCACCAACGGAUAACGAAGUUGACAACCAUAACGUAUGCGACAAUGAAGAGGACUAUAUUCCCGACAAAAAGAAGUGUGAUAAGUACUGGCGUUGUGUCAACGGAGAAGGGGUGCAGUUUACAUGCCAGCCGGGCACCGUGUUCAAUGUCAAACUGAACGUGUGUGACUGGCCAGAUAGCGCCAACAGAAACGACUGUCAGGCGUGAAUAAAACUACGUGUGUAACACAGAUUCCAUCAAACUGGAAAUAGGGCUUAAUCUGAAAAUAUCCCUCAGUUGCAUGGGGUUAAUCUAAGAAUUGUUUGUAGGAAUUGAAAUCAAGUGGCAUUUCUAUUACUUAGAUUAAUAAUUAGUAGGUACACUUUAAAGUGUUCGGAUGACUUGAACAAGUUAAGCUUAAUUACCAGAAAAACUUUAAAAUAUAUAACAUGUUUCAAGUAUGUUAUAAAAUCAGAAGUUAAAAAGGUAUUAAUGUACCGAUUUUUAUAUGCAUGCGAUCUACAAACGGAUACUGCCAAUUAUUUAAUGAUACAGAUUAUCACGACUGAAACCUCUAAGUCCCAUUCAGUAUUUAUGUUUCGUGAAAGUGGUGUUUAAUCAUGGCUAAUUUAAACAAUGUUGUCGUCAAUUUAUCUGAUUAGCGUAAUUUAUUUUGAGGAUAGGCCCAUUGUUUCUCCUUUGUUAUUUUUGUGCGACUGAAUUCUGGCACGAAAGCACUCUUGAAAUAUGCAAGUUGUUAUAUAGAUGUUAGUUUAAGUUAGGUCGUCGUAAAGGUCUCGUAUAAUAUUGUCGUAUUUUGUUUUUUUUUUCUGGAACUUAAUACGCUAAUGUUAUUAUUCGUAGGUACAAUUUAGAAAGAUACUUGAUUGUGUUAAAUAAUACUCUAAUAUUUAUAGUGAUCGACAUUAGUCUUCUCGAUGUGUUCAAAAGAGGUAGAUAGAGUUAAGUUAUACAAUAUUUAUUAAUCGAAACUUACCAUAAAAUAAACAUAACCAAAU